AUGUACUGGGAAACCAAUCCAGAAUUCCUAGAUAUUGAAGCAGAGUUCACGAAAAACUUGAACUACUUAAUCGCUCAAAAGAAAAAUAGAUUUAAGAAAGUUGACAUUCAGUCUGGCAAUGCAUUUCUUGCACCAGAGCGCGUUCCAUCCGAGGUGAUCGUAAAUAAAACUGAUGAAAGUCUACACGCAACACCAAGUUUUGAUACAAUACCAUCAAAAAUGGAGCCCUUUACAGUGAAGACAACGCAUUUGCGAUCGAUACAAGAGGAGAACUCGCUAGCCGAAAGCGGUUUCGAAACAUCAGAUAACUCGCCAACGGACUUCUCAGCCAACGUUAAAGACACUACAAAACUUCACUAUUCAAAGUCUUUUUGUGAUACUCGGUCACACUUUGUGAUAUCUAAUGAGAAUGUGCCUCCAGCCGAUGAUUUGGUUUUCAAACCACCGGAUUUCGACGUAAUUGAAUUCCCUAGUGUCACGCCUGAUGUACAUUUGUCGACAAAUGUGCAUAACGCGAAACUCCAGGAAAAAUGCAAGCUGAAAUAA